GAACAUGCUUCACCCGUUUCUGAAUUGUGUACACCAGCAUUAAGUGCUGUUUCAAAACCAGAGCCCCCAAGUACCUCUAAAAGGCCUUUCUCACAAUGCGACCCAUCUUCUAAUGCUCUAACUGAAGUGAAUGGGAAGCUGAUGAUGGUUAUAUGUCCCGUUUGCAACCACCACUUAAAAUUUAAUUUGCAUUUAGAUGACUGUCUCAGUCGACAAGCAGUUUCUGAAGCCGUUCGUCAGACAUAUUUAAGUGAAACGAAUACUACUACUGAAAUGGCAAAUCAAAGUCUUCCUCUUUCCAAAGACGAUUGCCUCGAAAACGAAAGUCCAAUGGGCCUCUUGAUAGAUACUUGCGACUGCUAUGAUCAAAUGAGGAGAAAACAUGUAGCCCCCUAA